AACACAACACAGAAGCUCCCAUGGCCACCGUGACCUCCUCCUCCCCCUCGUGCUCCAAGCCCAAGGCCGCCAAGCCGGCCAGGUACUGCCUGUGCGCGCCGACGACGCACCCAGGCUCGUUCCGGUGCAGGCUGCACCGCCCCACGGCGGCCAAGGCGGCGGCGGCGGCGCCUUCGUCGGAGCCUGAGGCGGCCAAGGAAUCGGCUGAGAGGAAGGAGGCGGCGGCGGCGGCCGCACGCGCAUUGCUCGCGCGGGUGGCGCGGGCGCCCGGGCGGGACGCUGGGAGGGUCAAGGGGUUUCAGCCUGGGCCUUCCAGGUUACGGAUCAUGGACCGGACGGGUGAGUCGGUGCAGACCGCAGAGGACGCAGUCUCCGUCUCCGUCACAUGAUGAAGUGCUAUAUAUAUGCGAUAUUUACUUUGAAUCGGAUCGUGUUGUAGUACGUGUUAUAGCUAGUGUUUAGCUUGGCCUAGGGUUGGUUGGAUGUAAUGUAUUAAAAGAUUGGGAA